ACAGCUCCAAACUUCACAUUCAGUUGAUAGUUGAACUUUCGUCAUGUCUGGAAGAGGUAAAGGCGGUAAAGGACUCGGAAAAGGAGGCGCCAAGCGUCACCGCAAAGUGUUGCGUGAUAACAUCCAGGGAAUCACCAAACCCGCAAUCCGUCGUCUCGCUCGCCGUGGCGGUGUCAAGCGUAUCUCCGGUCUGAUCUACGAGGAGACUCGCGGUGUGUUGAAGGUGUUUCUAGAGAACGUUAUCCGUGAUGCCGUCACCUACACUGAACACGCCAAGAGAAAGACCGUCACUGCCAUGGACGUUGUGUACGCGCUGAAACGACAGGGACGAACUCUGUACGGAUUCGGAGGAUAAACGACUUGAUUGAGGAGAAAUCCGACAAACCCAACGGCUCUUUUAAGAGCCACACACAAUCUCACAUAAAGAGUAAAUAGCUGUGUCCGAAACCGUCCCCUAUCCACUAUAUAGUUUACUAUAUCGGGUGUCGGCCAUUUUGUAGUGGUGUCCGAAUUCAUUCACUACGUCUCGUUCCCUAUAUCUGUUGACUCAUUCUUGCCCACAAUGCAAUCUGAUUUCGAGGGUCUAUAUGAUGUACAUUCUCUGAUCCCUUUUUCCCAUAAUUCAACGCGGAGACCGCGCGCGGCAGAGUGCAAAAAACAAACAAAUUGCAAAUGGCGGACGCAAACACCGGAGGUGGCAACUUUUAUAUAUAUUUUCUAUUGUUUUAGGGAGGGGUGAAGACGUAACGUGUCUCAUAGUGAGCAGGAUGGCCAAUGGUCAUCUCUUCUCUGGGCGCAGGAACGCAGCCCGGUUUGGAUAGGAAACUGAACUGAAGGAGAUGGGUGCUUGGUGUGGUAACCCCUGCCAAAAAAUUGAAAAAAUAAAAUAAGAACCUACAAGGAGCUAAGGAAGCCACCCACUCUCCUCAAGGACUGCACCAAAUUUGCCAGUUCUUGCUGUGAUAUGUUACUCCACUCUUCCACCAAGGCACUUGCAAUUUCCCGGACAUUUCUGGGGGGAAUGGCCCUAACCCUC